AUGCCUGGAUACAAUUUAUCUCCAGCGGACCGAUCAGGAAUCGACAAAAAGAAUUUAUGUCCUAAAUGUGAGGGACUUCUUAGAGAAGCUGUGCAAACAAUAGCAUGUGGUCAUAGGUACUGUAAGACAUGCGUGGAGGCGAUUCUAAAGUAAGUAAGGGUUCAGGAAUUGGCAUUGUCUUUUACGCUACUCACCAGGCUAGAAUUCUGGAUUGCACGAGGAAACCAGCAAUUGGAUUCCGGAUUCCUUGUCAGCGGAAAUUGAAUUCCACAUUACAAUCGCCAGCGGGAUUCCAGAUGACUUGAGCUGAAUUCCGGUCUCCAAAACCCAUGAUUUCGCAUCCCCCAAGCAAAAAUUUUGCCCGAUUACGGAAUCCGGAUUAGCUUGAAUAGGGUAGCCUGCGUAGUUGUCGAUCUUUUUGGGGUGUUUUAUCCUUUGUGGUUCAAAGCAAAAAAUACACCAAAAAAACCCCAGCUAGGUAGGCUACUGACAUGGGGCGAACGGUACUCGAUUGAUAUACUGUCGAUGAUCAAACAUACUGCAGAUAACUGAUAUACCGCAGGCCACAGUUAUUGUAGGAUUGCUCUAUCCACCAGUUAAAUCUCUAUCCAGCGGAUGACGCGAUUGAUUGCCUUCGUACUGAUAGGUACUAGAUAGUGAUUUGUCUGGCGCCCGGAUAGCACUAUCCACCUUUUAAGCAAGUUUCGGGGCCAGAUAAUUAUGAAAAUAUGUGCUACAGAUAACUGGUUAAUAUUCUGUAAAUAAUUGACUAGUACACCAACACCUGGCUAUAACUGCAAUAGUUGCUAAAUAAGCGUUAGAUAUCUGACAUCUCUCUCCCAUUACUGAGCCAUGCUGUGAUGUGAUGUCAUUAUAGGAGAGAUUUAGAGUCACGUUUACGUGAAGUUGUACCAGGUGACCAAGUUUUCUAUUUACUUGUCUUUUACUGUUUAUUACUUCUACAAAAAUAUAGUUAGUUUCACGUUAGUUGUUUUCAUAUUAAUCGUUCUAAACUGUUUUUGUCUGCUGAUUUUCCAUUUUGAGUAAUUCUCAAGUUGAAUCGGACCAGGUAAUCGUGGCUCUAAAUCUUUCUAUUGUGUUGAUAAUUUCAGUUCAAAUGUACUGAUCCCUUUCCCUUCAUUUACAGGCAGGAUGUUGGAAAAUGCAUCAUCGAUGGAUCAGAUAUCACUAAAGAACAGGUUCGUGAUCGCUUUUUCAGUUGUUGUCAGUGAUUUCCUCUGACUUUGAAAGCAGCACACAGAAUAAAGAAGUACUCCGCAGUAAUAGCUUGCUUUUAAUCUAAAUGUAUAGGUCUAAGCUGACAAAGAAGCCAGUCGUUUCAUAUGAUCAAUGAGCAAUCUGCUCUAUCGCUCAUAUAUGUUUCAGUUGUUUCGAGUGUCUCUGUCUGGUUUUCUGUUAAUAGUAACAAAAACAACAACAACAAUGAUGAUGAUAAUAAUAAUAAAAAUAAUAAUAAUAAUAAUAAUAAUAAUAAUAAUAAUAAAGGGCGAAAGGAAUAAUUGUUUUAGUAGAAUCCAACCAGUUGGUCAAAAUUAUCGAGGCAAAACAACUUUAGCUAGCAAAACGCGAUUCAGCCGCCAUUGUUUUGGUUUUCAAAGCCAGCACUUUUCGCUACUAGUGUGCUAUGACAUAUAGCCUAAUAGUAGCUCAACCAAUCAGAACGCAGCAUUGAUAAUAGACCACUAGUUGGAUUUUACUACUAAUAAUAACAAAUAGUUUGUGAAUGCUCAGCGUUGGCUCAGAGAGAAUGUAAAGGUAGACAUCAUGACGUUGCAAAAGCUUUCCAUUGGUGCCUGUGCAGAAAGUACGGAUUGGAAAUUGUUGACUAAUGGUAUAAGCAUGUCCCCGGAAAAGUUCGAGACUCCGUGAAAGUCUAAAUCCUUUGGGAUUUUAGCAUGCAGAGUAACCAUCAGCUUGAACAUAAUAGGCCUUAAGUAGACAAUCAACACGCAGUUUGCCAAAUGAUUGAUGUAGCUGUACCUAGGGUGGGACUGAAGGAGAAAGAGGAGAUUGAUAAAUAUCAAGACUUGGCAAGAGAAUUGAGAAAACUGUGUAAGGUCAAAACAAGAGUUGUGCCUAUUGUUAUCAGGGCACUUGGAACAAUCACAAAAGGAGUAGUUGGUCAUCUUGAAAGCAUAGGGGUGAAUCUUGAUGUGGCUCCGAUUUAAAAGACUGCCCUAUUCGGAACAGCACCAAUCCCCCAACGGGUUCUCGACUACUAAGGUUGCAGGAUGUUGUACCUGUACCGGGAACUGGCUACCGGUUGAACACAAAGAGCAAACAUAAUAAUAACGAGCCACGAGAGUGACUAUACCCUUCGUGAUUGCUGCACUUCAAACUAUCUCGAAGAAUGCAAAUGACUGGUCUGAUGGGAGGUUGACUGCCUUACGUUUUUGGAAGUGCAUACGGUAGUUGUUGGUCAUCCUUGGUGCUGCUCACAUCUUCCGGAAAGUGUUGUCUCUAACCUGCGGGAAUGCUGCUGAGGAAUGGCUUUGAAAGACUCAGAAAUCAUCAGAGAACUGGAGAGGAUCACACAAUAAUAACGGUAACGAUAACGAUUACGACAGCAAUAACGAAAACGAUAAUGACAAUGAUAAUAUUAGGCAUGGCCCAAGUUAUAAUUGCCAAACUUAAUUUUCUACUAUUGCAAAAAUGAACUGUUUGUGUUCGCUGCAGGUAUUUCUUGACCGAUUUGUUGAGCGUGAGAUCCAGUCACUCUUGGUUCACUGCAUUCAUCAAGAAGAAGGUUGUGAUUGGAGAGACGAGCUAAGGAAACGAGAGGUAACCACUGGGCUUCUAAACUGUGCUGUUCAAAUCAAACAUUAUGAUGAAAAUACUGUAUUGGUUGAUACUAAAUGUAAAUUACAUGGGUUAUAGAUUAAGACUGUUACAGACUUACGGCCAGAGCCAGCCAGCCAGGGGGUGUAAAGUAGUGAUCCAAGAGGCGUAAACGUUUGAAACAUAUUCACUGUAAUCGUUUAAAAUAUAACCAAAAUAUGCUUUUUUCUGGUCAUUUUAUAUCCCACCCAAUUAUGAUACUAUAAAGAAACCUCGUAUAAUAGCCAAAAUAUCUAAGACACCAUCCUAUUCAGGUGUUUUGGUGUCGUGCGUAAGAACAUUAUCGGAAUUAGGCGAUUUCGAGUUUAGGUCGCAUGAUGUACUACUUGCUUUAGUACAGGAAUCUUACCAGCAUGUGUAAGAACAUUAUCGGAAUAAGGUGAAUUUAAAACUUUGAAAGGUUUGAGCCCAGGGGGUCAUUUCAUAAGUAGGUUGAGCAUGAUCAUCCGGGUGAACGUAGUCUUCAACUGGUCUGCUGAGUAGUUAUCUUCAGAGUCGAUCAAAGUGAGAUUUAUCAAUUCAGUUUAUGGUAUUGAUCUGCUUAUUGACCUGAUUGGUUAAUUAAGUCGCCAUGUUAUCGGUCGUCUGUCAGUUAAGCCGUGAUGUUAUUGGCUAUGAACCUUCUUGAAUGUCACUGGUGUGUUUCGAUCCGUCUAUUGUCACAUUUGAACAGUCGUGUAUUGUUAGUCAAAUUGUCGGUUGUCCAGUCAUUCUCUCGUAGUUAGUUUUGCUUGAGUCCGUUAAUAUAAGUCGUUUGUACGGUGCCGGUAACUGUUUAACUUCGAACAAACGCCACUGAAUCGUAGUCAAUAAUUACCGACACCGUACAAACGACUUAUUGACGGACUUAAGCCAAACAGACUCCGUUCACCCGGACGAUCAUGCUCGACCUACUUAUGUAGUCGAUUUUAAUUAGGCUGAAUAAAAGUGGUAUAGAAAGCAUGAUUUUACUGUAUUUUUAGCACAGGAAUCUAACCAGCAUGUGUAAGACGAUUAUCGCAAUAAAGCGAUUUCGACAGCGCUGAAGUAGUAUAGGGCGCAUGAUCUACAACUAAAAACUUGCCGUGACAUAUACUUAUAUUCAAUAUGAACACAUGUGGAUUUUACUACAGGUCGGUUUCGUAGACCAACAAAAAGUUGAUCCACUCACCAGUUAAACUCCAUACACACUGAAGCAUCACAGCGGUUAACACAGCAACAUGAUCGCGUGACAUAUUUUUGCGGUUGUCAUGACAGAGGCGUUAUUCCUAGUUUAAGAGCAACUGUCUGUAAAAAUCGAGCAAAAUCGCAAUUUCGCGGCCACAGUCAAAAAAUCGUUUUCGCUCAUAUCUUGUCCAUAGUAAGGUAUUAGCAAGUAACUAAACGUGGUGUAGUUUGUUUUUGAAAAGACCGCUUCGAUUGGGAGAAAAUCGACAAAAUCAAUUUUCGAGGUCGGUGACUUGAAAACAAUCAAAAAUUGAGGCAAAAUGAGGCGUUGUCAAAACUUCGCUCGCCAGCCAAAAGGAAGCAAGCGGGGUAAAAUAUUCACCAAUAAAUCAACUUGUAAAGGGUUUUACUGCUAGUUUGGUGGUGAUUUCUUAUCUUAGCGAUAAUCUGGAAGAUAAACAAUUUUAUUUUAGUUUGGAUACUUUUUCAACUGAUCGAAGUUUAGAUUUAGGCUGUAACUUGCGUUUUAAAUUAUAGGCAUGUGCUACACCUUGGUUUUACCUGAAACUCAAGCUAUAAGCUAUUUAAACAUUGUGCUAAAACAUAUGUAAGAACUGGCUUGGGUAAUUUAAUUUGAGCUUCAAACGAACCUUCUGAAGUUGAAUAAAUUUCGCCUGAAAUAUGAGACUUUGCAAUGAUCGCGGGAUCGUCGCUUUGUUAUUGCUCGACAAGUCACGAAAGCUUUACGCCUCCACUAGAAAGUUAACUCACAAUUCCACUUGUAUUUAAGAAAUCUGUACUGAACAUUUUUUUACCUCGAUGCUUUUCCCGUUCUGGUUAACUGGCAUCUUGUUUUCUGCUGAUUGUCAGUCCCCAAGUCGAGAAUCGUGUUGCUUGAAAGUAACCCCAGACAGAACUAUUAUAUUCACAGUAUUGCAGUCCGGCUUUCUUUUCAGUCGAUCGAAAUUUCACAUCCAUUGCCAUUGAAAUAUUUUAGGUCUCACAAAAACUGCAAUUUUGAUAGCGAACUUUCGGGCUGCCGAUAUACCUUUGGUCUUAAAACGUGAUCAGAGGAGUUGUGUGACAGCGGCACCUGAAGGAUAAACACAGGCUUCCCAAACUAAUUAACGAGGAGAUAAACAGGGAUCCAGUGGUUAUAACGUUGCGUCACAUCGAAAAAUAAUUCAAUCUAGGUGAUAGGAUUAAUAGACUGUUAAGGAACAAAAGAUACAAAAUUGUAUAUAAAGUUAUUAAAUGUUUGUAAUAUAUAUUUUUUUUCAUUACAACUGAAAUGUUUCGAAAAGUCAUCCGCUAGCUGUUUACUGUACUUAAUUUAAUUUUACGACGCCAUCAGUUUUUGACACCUGUUUAAAUAUAAAAGUUAAGAGAAUUUAAAACCAGUUAGUUGCAAUCCGUCGAAAAACUAUCAUGGAAAGUGGUUGUUCGUUCGUAUCGAUUGUGGGAGGCCACUGUGGUCAUGAUAGGGGAGACAGAAACAAAGCAACGGGAUGCAUUCCUCUACUUAGUUGUCAGCGAGAUGUUAACGGGCAUAAAGAAAUGUUUGCGUUUCAUGGCAUAGUUGAUGAAAUUGAUCUUAUUCUGGCGAGGGCAUCCAUCUUUUCCUCUCCACGAAAUAUUGACCAAAUGAACAUAUGUCCAGCUCAUCGGGCAUCGCUGGGUAUUGGAUGGACACGCCGAGUUCCGGACAAAUGCAGAAUACCAUCAAUAUUAUCAGGUCAUAGUAAGGACGUGAGAAAAAAGCCAAAAGCGGAUAGAGGUCUAAGCAAAGCAGGUUCACAAACAGUGCUGCAACAGAGUGGGAUAUUUCUUCCUGUUGGGUCAGGUUUGUAUCCCUUUUGUAACUCUAAAAAAUAAAGGAACUAACGCUAAUGUACUUCUUCAAAAAAAAGUUACUUAAAAAUCUUCUUUACAAAGGAAAAUAAUAUAGCUGAAAUUAAUCAAAUUAAUUUCAUUUUAUCUGCAGAAUUCAUUUUCGCUGAUUUUUUUUAAAAAAGGCGUUAAUACACCUGUUCGGUUUUGAACUUCGCGCAAUGUCAAAAAAAUAAUGUUCAAGAGAUCGUUUUUUUUUUUUUUACUUGAAUGUGCAAUCCUAAUUAAAAUAGUGUGCUUACUGAUAUUUGUAAUCUCUUAGGGGUAUGCCCUAACUGCAGCAAAAUGUUGGCUGGGAACUGGAAACCUGACACAGAAACUGCAGAAGUUGCGUUUGACGAUUGCGAAGUAACAUUUCAAAUGGCGGAGAUGUCUUUGGUACAACGGAUAAUCUUUCUUGACCUACAAAUUAAUGUCACACAGACGGAACAAUGUAGAUACGUGAGAGACGUCGAAAGUUGUGUUGAAGUCAGGGAAAAAAGGAAGCGAGGAUUGUUAAGUAUCUCUCUUCCCUUCCACCCCUUUAUGCAUUUGGCACACAGGCUAACUGGUAACUGUCUCCAAGUCACUUUUUCCUAGGAAAGGGGUUGAGCAGCUUCGUUCCCAAUCCCUCUCAAAGAUGGACCAUGAUGGGAACAAGGUUCUUUUUUGCAUUUACAGAAUACGUGGAAACUAUUGUCAAUUCCGCAAGCAAAUAGCAGCACUUUCAACCUCUUCCUCAUCCUGCCAGCAGAGCUUUUCUCUCGCUUGCUCGAUUUUGGAGUACUCAAGAAAGACUCUGCAAGAAUCGAGUAAGAUCUUUUGUUGACCAUGCGCGGAAUGUUGCCAGGAUUUAGUUUCGAAUCCAGGCCUAAAAGCCGUGCGCUUGCUACAGCGGGCUCAGUUAUGACGAUCGGUUUAUCAAAAAACAGGUGCUCUCACUCGAAAAAAAAAAGUUUUACAAGAGAAAACAAGAUUGACUAGUUCAGAAGUUUGGGCUUUGGUGACUUCAAAGGUUUGACGGGAUUUAGGUAGACCUUCCUUGUCUCCUUCUCGAUCAAGAAGGCAAAAGGAGGCUCUGUUCGCAAGGUGCCCCUACCUCCCCCGCUCCUUUUAUAAUUUCAACACAAGCUAAUCUGUAUUAUAGUCAAAACAACUCUAACUCUCAAAGACUUAUCACUUUAUGAUACCUCCAAUUUUUACAUACCAAGUGCGUAUAUAAAGUAUAUGAUAUGCAGAGCGAAUUGUAUCUUCCAUUAAUAUGAAAAGAGGAUUGAAUUAAUUCAUUCUGCUUUUUUUUUUGAUUGAUCACUUGAUUCAUAUUAUUAUCUGUACUUAAUCUACAAGACUAACAUGUCUUUUUAUAACGUGGGUCAACAGUCUAAUCAAUCAAUCCAUCAAUUCGUCCGCAGGAUCAAACAAGUGACACAGUAGGUCAAGUGGCAGAAAGCACACCAUCGUCCUUCCCCUACCUUGAACUACAGACCCCAGCAACAAGUAUCUACUCGCCGAACGAGGCAAACGAACAUGUCGAACGGGAGUGUAAACCACUUGAAAUGCUAAACACCUUUCUAGAAAGCCGAGACAUAAGUCCGGUGAGAUUUCCUUUGACGACGCAAUGGGAGGAGGCUAGUGAACGAACGAGGCGUCGUCACUUACGCAAAGCAAAUCAAGCAGUUGAUGCUGUACUAGAAGAAGUAGCACCAAAUCAGAGUGGACAGCUUUGGAAAUCACUUGUUGCAUCCAAAUCUUCCGAUGAAAACCCUAGUGGUAACGAACGUGAGCCUGUAGAUGAAGUGCUUAUGGAGGCGUUGGCUGAGUGCUACAGGAAUGCGAGUAACUGGCAAACCAGGAGACAAAUAUUGUCUAUAAUGGUAGACAAGGUUUCAUUCAAGACACUUAAGAAAUGGAUUCCCAAUCUGACGAGGUAUCAAUUCAGUGAAGCAAGGAAGCAUAUCCUGGUCGAGGGUGGAGGUGUAGCACUAUCACUGCAGUCAUCCCAGACACGAAUGGCGGUAUCCCAAACUCAACUUGAUCAUUUUUUGGACUUUAUAACGAGCACCCAUGUCAUCCAGGAUCUUCCCUUCGGGCAGAAAUCAAUAAAACUGUCAACAAAGGAAGUCAUUACAGUGCCUAAUGUUAUUCGUAUGAUGGUGCCAGAGUCCAUUGUCAAGCAGUACUUGGCUUAUUCAAGCGAAAGUGGCUUUACAACACUGAGCCGAAGUACACUCUUGAGAAUUCUCAAUGUCUGUUCUGCCUCUGUGAGAAAGUCUCUACAGGGUCUAGAUUAUAUAAGUUGUGCUGGCAGUCAAGCCUUCGACGAUCUCCAUGACGUAGUAAAUAGAUUGGGCGAUUCAUUUAUGGGAAUGACUUGGGCAAGGAAUCAAAAGGAGCGACUUAAGUCCGCAAAGCGUUAUCUAAAGGGCGACUUUAAGGUAAACUUCAAAAUAACUUUUGUCUGUGUAUAUAAGAAAAAUCGCAAUAACACUAGACUUCACAAUUAACAAGCUGAAGCUAGCGAUUGUGCCAGUCAAAGAUACCAAAAAUGUCUUUGAGUCACUUACCCAAGAUUCUCUGGGGAACGAGCAGGAGAGGAUUUUGGUGAUGAUUCAAGCAGCAAUGUUUUUAUGUGCUUAAUUGGUGCUAGUUGAAAAAAGCUCGCGCGUGCAGACUUUCACUUUAGCUUAAUGCGAUUUGUCGUUCCUACGCAGUUUCAAUUUAGGAGAAAUGUAAAAAUAGCCUAGUGAAAUAAAACUGUGCGCAGAACCAGUUGAGGUGAUCGUUUGGUUAAAAAAAGUCGAGUUGCAUUUUUGCUUAAUGCUAAUACUUCAAUUGCGCAGAACCGGUUAAGGUGAUUCCCUAGUAUUAAAAAAAGAACUGAACAUAACAUGCAUGGAUUUUCCAUAAAACUUAGAUCACUGUUGUAAUAAGGUAAGAAUACGUCUUAAAAAGUGGAAGUUACCGUGCUCAUUUUAACUGUAACAUGCUGACGAAUAUGAAUAUUUAGGCAAAUGAACUGUGCGCAUAACAAAAGUCAACAAGUAAGCAGGCUUCUUUUCAAUAAAGCUUGCGAUAGUGCACAGAAUUUUACUUUGUUCAACCUACGGCUAACGAAAAAUGUCGUUGGAAAGACCGGUAAGGGGCACUUUGCUCGUUUUUGAGGCAGAGCUGCAAAGGGCUCAUCACCUGAAUUCCUUCCGUCUUUAAGCGAGGACUGGGGCGAGCUUCAAAAUGGUAAGAACGUGGAAGGUGGAUGAAAACCUUGGAAAAAACUUUAAUGGAUUUCUUUUCUCUUUGAUCGAAUUCAUUUUAUUGCUACUGUAAGCUCUCUUUCACAGCGGGUGUCUUGUUAUGCCAAGUGAAAGAUGUCCAGUGCAAAACCAGCGAGUCACCUUAACCGUAACAUUUGAUCUAGGGUAAGUAAUUUUGUUUAUUAAUGUCUUUACAGGUGCAUGUUUCUAAGCAAUCCAACAUUCCAGAUCAUUGCAGAGCUUAUGCACUAAGCGACCCUAGGGACAAGGAUUAUCAGAUCAUUUGCCCACACGAUCAUCUAGAAACCUGUGAUCGCUGUUACCUAGUUUCUUCAGUUCUUGCUGAAAUACAUGACGCAAUCGAAAAGAUGUCUGAUAGCAACGUCUCUAGUGACGUGGUAGAAGAGGUGAACUUCAUUGAAGGGCAAGCUAAGCAAAACAUCUGGGCUUGGAAAGCUCACCUACUCCGCUGUGUGAAUCAGGAUGAAGCCCGAAUAGAGGUGAUUGAUGCUCUCGAUGAAAAUUCCGUACCCCUGGUUCAGGACUGGGCCAUGAAGUUCUUGCCAAGAAAGUUUAGAGAAAGCCAAAGUGAUUGGUUUGCAAAGCGGGGUAUGCCUUGGCACAUUACUGUAGCUACUCGACGAGCGGAAAACCACGAAUUGGAGAUGAUGACAUUUGUGCAUGUUUACCAAACCUGCAACCAAGACAGCUGUGUGGUGCUUUCCAUUAUGAAAGAUGUUAUUGGAAAGCUAAAGUCACAGCUGCCUCAUCUGAAAACUGUCUUCUGCUGUUACCACUGCGGGGCUACGAUAGUGGGGGCCAGCUUUACAGGCUGUGCUAGUGGAGUGACUGUGAAACGCUUGGACUUUUCAGAC